AUGUCCUUCAACACUAAUGACCUUUUAGACAAUUACAAAAUUUCAUUAUAUAAGGAAUUAUAAUCCAAUCUCAAGAGGUCUAAAUUUUUGAAGAAAAAAGAUUAUAAUAGAAUUGAAAACAGUUUGAAUUCAUAACCUAUUUUUGAGAAUGGCCCCCGACUAGCCAUUAUUAAACCGUGUUUGACUAAAGAAGAUUCAAAUUCAAUCAUGGCCCUAAGUGGAUCAACCUAAAGUUCUGUUAAUAGAGAUUUGAAUGAAAAUAAUAGCAAGGAGUCGAUCGUAGAACAAUAUACAAGUUUAGCCGUCUAAAUUCUAAAUGCAAUUUCAGCAUUAUCUGAUAAUCAAUAGAGAGGUAAGGUGAUCAAGCAUUUCCUUUCAAUUUCUACUACGUAUUAAAAAUACGAAAGGAUGAGGCAUAUUGAAAAAGAACUUCCUCCUAAACUCAUUUACUACCUUUAAACCAAAUUCUCUCUUGAUAUAUUUAAGCAAUUGAACGAUUCAUACAAAAUGCAAUUGGAUCAAUCAAUAUCGAAUGUCUUAUUCUUUGAGGCUGCCGUUGAAACUGAAAACAAAGCUCUUUACAACUCUUCCUUUUUAGCUUCUUAAUUGUUGCUAUUGUACUCUUCAAAAGCUUAAUAAAAUGGUAUUAAAUAGAGAAUAAUAUUCCUAAAUUUUACUGGCAUCUAGAAUGAGGAUGCCGAGCUUCACAAGGCUUACUCUAAGGAUGAAUGUCUCUACAUCUCAUUAUAAAGAAAAAAAAAUCCAAUUUUUCAAGUUCCAAAUGAAGUGCUGAGUUCAAAUGAAUCGAAUUUUAAGACUAUAUACCUAGAAGACAAUCAGGAGGAAUUGACAUGGUAACAAUUCAGAAUUAUUUACAAAUACUAAAUUAAAAGGAAUAUCAAAAAUUUUAAGUCAAACUUAUUCAUUCUAUCAAUUGCAAAACAAUUAGACUGUUAAAGUUACUUCAGAUUUACUGAGGAUUGCAUAAUCAAAAUGAUAUCGAAGCUCUCAAUCCUAGCCAAAGAUAAAUUGAUAAUACAUUCCUAUAUUAGUAAAAGUUCAUCUAUUCAAUACCAAAAUUACAAUGCAUCUACUCAAUACCAAAAUUAUGAUGCCUCUACUUAAUUCCAAAAUUACGAUGCAUUAUUAGAAGCAUAAAAUGCAGAACUAAUAUGUUACAUCAAUAGUUUAGAAUAAGGUAUAUUGUCUCAAGAAAUCUUUCUGAAUCAAGACAAGUUUGAUUUGUAAACAGACAGCACAGAAUUAAGGCAAUUUGAUGAUUGGGUUCAAAAUUUAAUAUAGGGAAAUACUAAAUUUUUUAAGCCAGAUUAGCAAGAAUUAAUUCAAAGAGAAAGAAGAAAUUUAAAACUUGAUUCCUAAUUUGAAUAAGUCAAUGAUCUAUCCGCCAUUAAACUUGGAGUGUAUAUUUUUAAGGUUAGCGAAUAUUGUGAGUAGGAUCAGAUAAUUUACUUAACUUAUGAGGAUAAGAAUCUUUAGUUUUUCACUAACUCCAUAUUAUAUGUGGAUUACAUUGGAAGGUAAAUAGUCUUGUUGCAAUAUGAGGAAUCUGUGUACUAUGUAUAUUAUACAGAAUUCUAAGACAACGACUCAAAUAAACUAAUACAAAAGGAUUAAAAUUGUUAAAGGAUAAAUUUGUCAGAACUAUUAAAAGAUUAAGAAUAUUUGGAUGAUUCAAUAAUUCUUGACUCUUCUUUAAUUGUAAAAGAGCAGAAAGUGUAUAUUAUUUACAACAAAGAUGCUUCGAAAAUCUUUAGGAUUGAGUUGAAUAAUUCUUCUGCUGUUAUUUUGAAAAGGAGGGACUUGAAUAGUUUGAGAUUAAGACCUAAAAGUUAAGAAAAGUUUUAGAAUCUAAUUCAUUAGCGUUAGGAAUAAGUUGAGAAAAUAGUUUAAAAAAGAAGAAAGCCUGCUAUUGUUUAAUAACCUUGCGUUGAUGGAUUUGAUUUUAUAAUUUUCGGAGGAGAAUUCGCUCAUUCCAAUCAGUUUUGUAAUCUUGUUGAAUUGCUAUAAGUUGAAAGCCAUGGUUUUUCUUCAGUGACUAUUCCUAAGGAUAUUCUAUUUUAGAAAUGUGGUUAUUACAUCCCUUGGCCAAACAUGAUAGUUUUAGUAAAUACUACAUCUCCAAAACAGUAUAUUCUAUUACCUGGUGAUUAUAAUAACAAGACUCAUUGUUAUAAUUAAGUCAUCAAUAAGGAGCAUCAAGAAAAAGCAAUAUUAAUUACAUCUGGUCGAGAUACAUUAUAAUUUCAAAUCGACUAUUUGAAGAUUGAGUAUAAGGUUAAUUAGCCUGAAACAAAUGUCUAGCAGAUUGAGUUGGAUGAAAGAUAGACCAAAAAAAGAAAACCAAUUCCUAUUCAAUAUUUUUCAGGAAGUUAAAUUAAUAUUAAGAAUUCUCUUAACUUGGAAUAAAAAUGGAAUAUUGCUAUCACCAUGUUAGAAAACGGAUAUUCAAAAUUUGUGUAAUUAUUCGUAUUUGCUGAAAUUAAGAUUGAGAUUGAAGGUUAAAGAAAGCAAUUAUCAAUUACAUAAUCAAUCGUUUAUGAUGGAAUUACAUAAUCAAUCAAGCAUGGUACUUGUAAAUAAAAUGAAUACCCACUCAAACGAUAUUGUUUUGCGAAAUUUCAAAAAAAAGAAAACACUCUUGAUGAGUAUGGUAGAGAAAAAGGAUAACUCAUGGAUAGAGUAACCUCGGUUGAAUCGGGCUCAAAUUAUCAGUAAGAAACUCAAUAAAGUAACGAAAAAUAAUAUCCAUCUAAGCCCAAACCCUAAUUCAAUUGA